AUGUUGGAGGAAAUUAGGAGAAAGAUAAUGACUAGACAAUGUGAUAUGAUUAAGUUUGCCAACACUUGGAUAUACGAGAUUUCACCUAUGGCUAGACUUACCUUAGAGGAUAAUAAGGAAAUGGCUAGGGGCUGCAAGGUUCUUUGGAAUGCUGAUGUUGGAUUUGAGAUUGGAGAGGGUGAGUAUAGGUAUACAGUUAACAUGAGUACUAAGAGUUGUAGUUGUAGAACUUGGCAACUGAGAGGAAUUCCAUGCCAACAUGCUGUUUGUGCAUACUACCACAUAGAACUAGAGCCUGAACACUUUGUGGAGCAUUGGUAUAGGAAGGAUACAUUCUUAAAGGCAUAUAGUCAUUUCAUCCAACCAAUUCCAAAUAUGAAGAUGUGGCCUGAAACAAACAAUCCAAAGAUUGAGCCUCCUGCACCUAAACCAACACGGCAGGCCGAAGAAGAAAAGAACAAAAGGAAAAGAUGA